UUCCCUUGCCUCCAUGAACACCUGCGAAUCCUUCCUACCAGACGAAACCGCCAUGAGUGGAAGCAGAGGGCAACCCGGAGAUCCAUCUCUCUUCUCCUUCGCCAUCGCCAAGGUCGCGGUGGCUCAAAUCUGCGUAUCGAUUGGGUUCACCGGCGCCCAACAUUCGGCCCUCGAAGUCCUCUCCGACGUCGCAACCAGGUACCUCCGGGCCCUAGCGAAAUCCGCCUCGUCGAACGCCAGCUCCUGCGGCAGAACCGAGUGCAACCUCUUCGAUGCCAUCCACGCGAUCGAGUACAUGAAUUCGCCACAAGGCUUUCAGGGCGCUUCUGCAACCGAUAGACCCCUGUUAAGUUCCAGAACCAUGCGAGACAUCAUGAACUUCGUCGGCUCCGUCGAUGAAAUCCCCUUCGCCCAGCCGAUCCCCCGUUCGAAAAGAUUAGUUAUUUCGCGAUGUUCCGUCAAACCCAGACGGAAUCUCGAGCGGGAGCUGCGGGACCAGCCCCCGUUGCCUCACAUCCCGCCAUGGCUGCCCCCGUUUCCUGAUCCGAGCACGUAUAAGGAAGGUGGAACCAGUGGGGUACGUAGAGGAGGGAGAAGCUGGGGAGAUGAGGAAGAGGAGGAUGGGAGCGUCCAUGGCUCUGCUUCUGCUGCAUGCGAGAAGGGGAAUUGGGAGGAAGAGGAGGAGGAGGAGAAGAAGAGAGUGUUGCCGGUUGAGAGGGGAACUGUGGGAUUCAAGCUGGGGCUAGGGUUUAGAGGUCUGGAAGUGGGAUUGAGGAAUGGAGUCUGCAGAGGAGGAAAAAGGGUUUCUUGGCAUACCAGUCAUAAUAACAAUAAUAGCGAUGACGAAAAUGGCGAUGAGAAAAGCUUCAACAGAAGAAGUAGAAGAAGAUAGUCUCUGUUUUUGUUAUACAUUUGUUUCCAUUUGUUAAGUGUUUCUGAGAAUAAAAACUAUAAAUUUUUGAUCGA